UUCUAACAGUAUGCCAUGGGCAAAAUAUCCCAUUUCUAUAUAGUUGAUGGAUUGUUUCGUAAAAGAAGUAAACUUGAAAGUUACACGGAAUCAAUUAAAAUUAUUGUUGUACAGCAUAAUACCAAUGUGUUUUAUUGGUAGAUUAUUUCAAGAAAUUGUGUGUGAAUUUCUAAACUAGUUAUAAUAUCAAAUAUUCAAUGCAUACAUCUAUUUUGAAUGUAAAUUUCACAGUGUUCACUACUGAUUCUUGUCAGUUUGAGUUUACAUUAUAAACCUACACGUGGAUACUGAAUUCCAGGACCUUUAAAAGCACUUGUCUGAACUACAUUUUUAUCAUCAUCAUCAUCAUCAUCAAAUCAAGUUUUAUUUAUUUUCGUAAAAAUUCUUCUGCGGUGGAUUAAGUUUAUCAUCAUAGGUUAGUAUGUCACACCACAGCGAUGAUAACAUGCUAAUAGCAUCAACAGAUUCCUUCUGGGAACCUGGGAAUUAUAAGCGUACCACUAAAAGAAUUGAGGACGGUCAUAAACUUUGUGACAGUCUCAUCCAACUUGUGCAAGAGAGAUCAGAAAUAGAGAAGAAUUAUGCAAAGGCUCUAAAAAGUUGGUCAAAAAAUUGGAAUGAUAAAAUCGAAAAAGGACCUGAAUAUGGUACAACUGAAGCUGCAUGGAAAGGGGUUUUGGUUGAAUCUGAUAGAUUAUGCGACCUACACCUAAAAGUCAAAGAAAAUCUCUGCAACGACAUAAUACAGCAAGUGAAAACUUGGCAAAAAGAUGCCUAUCAUAAGUCGGUGAUGACAUUGAAAGAACGAAAGGAAAUGGAGGAUGCUUUUAAGAAAGCACAAAAACCGUGGGGAAAAAUUUUGCAAAAAGUGGAGAAAACUAAGGCUGAGUAUCAUAAUAGUUGCAAAAUUGAACGUACUGCAACGAAUGUUGAAAGAAAUGCGUCUGCUGAUAGUUCACUCUCACCAGACCAGGUAAAGAAGAUGCAAGACAGAGUGCAAAAAACAAAGGGUGAAGUACAGAAUGCUAAGGAAAAAUACGAAGCAGCUCUUCAAGAAAUAAAUUCUUAUAAUCCAAAGUACAUGGAGGAUAUGACUCAAGUCUUUGAGAAAUGUCAAGAAAUGGAAGCUCAAAGACUUCAAUUUUUCAAAGACGUACUCUUUGGAAUUCACAAGUGUUUGAAUAUUUCACAGGAUCCAGUACUUCCGCAAAUAUAUGAAGAAUUUUAUCACACAAUCAAUAACGCGGAUCAUGAAAAGGACUUGAAGUGGUGGUCUAAUAAUCAUGGAGUAAAUAUGGCUAUGAAUUGGCCACAAUUCGAGGAUUACACGGAGGAGUUCCGAGAUAUUACGAAGGGUGCUAAAUCAAAGGAAUCUUUACCAGCAGGUUCUAUCACCCUCAUCAAUCAACGACCCGUUGGAGAGGAUUCGCAUGAUUAUCUGCCAACUAGUCACAAAGCUAAAGCGAAACCAGUAGGAAGUAUAAUAUCUACAAAUGUUAGCACAGAAGAAGGAAAAGCAGAUGGUGUUAAUUCGAGAAAAGAAAUACUAGAGAAAAACAACGAUGAUGAUCAUUCCGUCAAUAGGACUUCUUCAAUCACAAAUGGCACUAAAACAAAACAAGAAUCGAAUCCUUUUGAAGAAGAGGAAUGGGACGAAGAAGCCGGAGAAACAUUAGUUGAUAAUGGAGAACCAGGUGUACCUGUACGAGCACUUUAUGAUUAUGAGGGUGCAGAAGCAGACGAACUGAGCUUCAAACAAGGUGAUGUAUUCGAAAAAUUAGAAGAAGAAGACGAACAAGGAUGGUGUAAAGGAAGAAAAGACGGCAGAGUUGGCCUGUAUCCAGCAAAUUAUGUGGACUUAGUAACGCAGUAGAGAUUAAAAACUAAAUCCAAAAACAACCUAUUAAACUUGAUUAUAAAUAUCAUUCAUAGUAACUCAUGUUGAAAUUUUAUGGCGACAAAAAAUUAAAAGACUGCAGAAUACAAUUAUAAUGAAAUUAAAAUUUUUAGUGCGAAAAGAAAAUGUGUACAAUUUUUAAAGUUCUCUGUGUAGUUUAUUCUAAAGGACUUUAACAAUUGGACCGAAUGAGUAUUCUUUUUUUUUGCACUUAAUUUGCCAACAUCAAAUAUAUGAAAAGGAAUGAAAGCAUUUCUUGUAUUUGCUGAAUAUUAACUAUAUCUGAUUAAAUAAAUCGCAGUAUAUGGAUUUUACAAUUCUGCAGUUUGAUAUAUAAAAGAAAUUAUAUAUAAUAUACAUAUAUAAUUUUAUUAUUAUUAUUUAUAAAUUUUGAUCGCCACUUACAAGUAAAUAUUGUAACAAUUAUGUUUAGUCGUAUAUUUUUAUGACUUGUAUUAUCAUAUGUAUUAUUGUACAUUCUAUAUACAUAUAUAUGCCCGUAUGUAUAUAAUUGAAUGUAUAAAUAGACAAACAGCAGCUCAUCUAGUGCCGAAGAUCUAUUUAAGGUUAAUUUAUUUUCUUUUUUUUCAUAAAGUGAAUAUUGUUUAGAAAUUCAGCAUCUAUUCCCAACUGUGUCAUUGUACAUAGUAGUGUUAGAAAAAUUAGAAAUAUAAUUCUUAAUUUCGUUUGUUGAUGUGUUCGAAACGAAGAAAAAAGAAUAGAUGAAAACUAUUUUUCGAAAACUUUUUUGUUGAUAAAUAUUCUUAAAAAAAAUUGUUUAAUUAUUAAGUUUCAUUAUGUUUGGAAAUCAAAGUAAGAUAAUUUAUAUCCUUGAAAUUAAUUAAAGAUGCAUCGAUUUUUUUUAUUGUAAAAAAAUUUUUGAAUUUCAUUUUUCAAGAUAUCAUUUUAAAUGAUAUCACUGUUGAUCACUCUUAAUAAUUAUAAUAAUGUUAUUUGUUUUAAUGGCAGUAUGAAAUUAUUUAUACAUUUUUUUUCGCAUUUCUGAUUAAUUGUAUACUUGAUAAUUUCAAUAUUUUAUUUUGUUUUCAUUAUAUUAUUGCACUGGAAUAUAAUUCAUAAAUCGUAAUGUAAAUAUACGAAAGCAUUUUUUUUUGUUCACUGACGCACUUUUACUUUUGGAAUUUUUUUUAAAUUUAACAUGCAAAAGCUGUCUAAAAAGUAUUAAGAUAAAUGUUAAUUUGAAGUAGUGGAAUUUUUACUAUAUAUUUUUUGUCUUGACUUUUUAUUCUCUGCUUUAGUUUCUCGUUGAUUAUUAAAAUACUUAUUUUUAUACUACACUUUUUUGUAUAGAAUUUUUAUAGAAUUUUCCGUGAAACUAAAUGACAUUCUUUGAACAUUUUUUGUAAAAAAAACACUUGUUUGUUGAAACAAUAUAUUAACAGUUCAACAAUUGUUUCAAGAGUAAAAUAUAUUCUGUAAUUCGAAUAUUGUUAUAAAAAAAUGCAUAAAAAGUAGACAUUUUUAAGUUUGAAGAUUUUGAAUGAUAAUAAAUGUAAAAAAAAUUUAAAAAGCAAAUGUGCUCCAGUAGACAAUACACAAGUGUAAUAGUUUUUGAGAAAAAUAUUCUAUUAUAAAUGAAGUAGAUGGAUGAUUUCUGUUAUUAGUUUUAGAGUGUAUAACUCUGUGAGUUUCAAAUGUUAAUCACUCAACGUCUAUUGUAAAAUAAAAUAUUACGAUGCUGUAAAAAUUUUCUUUUAUACACAUUUAGCAGAAAUUAAUUUAAAUCGAAAAUUAUGCUAAUAAGAAACACUGACACAAUCUUUUUGAUUAUUUCAAUAAAAAUUUAAAGAAAUUUGUUAAUGAAAUUAAAAUGAAAUUUUAUUUUGUUAUUUGACAAAAAAAAUUGGUUUAUUUAUUAUUUUAGUCACAAGUGGAUUCAGUGAGAUCGCAAAUACGUAAUAUUUAGAAAAAAGGAUUAAUAACAGAUUAAUUGAGUUUAACAAUAAAGAAUCCAAUGUACCAAAUGCAACAAAGUACAAAGCUUGCUUUUUUAAAUUAAACACAAAAUUAAAUUAUAUUAUAUUUCUUAAAGUUAAACUUAAUUGAUUUUUAUUUCUCAAUCGUUCGUUAAUAUUUAUUAUCAAUCGUCACUGAUUUUAGCUGUGGAAACUUUUUUUAAAUUAAAAAACAUAAAAUCAACCAAAGAUAAGAAGCAUUUAUUUCUAUCUAAUGUCAAUUGUUGGACAAUUUUUAAUCUUUUAUUGAAAUUAUCGAUAAUUGUAAAGUGAAACAAUUUUUUUGGAAAUUAUUAAAUUUUGGAAAUUAUAUUUUUUUUUAUUUCCUGUAGACUAAAAAAGUAAAUUUAACAAUUAUACUUAAUUUAUGUUACUGUAUACAAAUCUAAAAUUUUUAAAAAUUAUGUUAAUUAUUAAUAUGUUUAAAAAAAGUACAUUUGAAAUGUAAAAUUAAGUAAAGAGCAAACAUGUUAUGUUUAUUAUAAUAAACAGAAAAUAAUUAAACUGUACGCAUUGAAAAUUUGACAUGUAAAGUAUUUUUCAAGCAAUACUUAUUCCAGUAACUUCAUUGUAAUAAUGUAAAAUGGUUCUUCCAUUCUAUGACAUUUAUGUUAAAAUGUUAUGUUUAGAUAAGCUUAUUGGUUAAUGCCGCAGUAACUUUUAGAGUACAUAAGAAUAAUGUUUGGCUUUAUUGUUAAUUAUAUUAUAAAAUAUCAUUUAUAAAGAUGAUUCAUUAUUGUUGUACUUUUUGUACUUUAAUUUACUUGUCUUAUACAAAGUCGCAUGUUAACUAACAUUAUUCCUCCGAAUAAAAAGAAACGUUGGGUGUGAAUCAGUAAAAAAAGAAGAUCAAGUUUAUUAAAAUAUGGAUAAAGAAA